AUUAAAAUAUACCCCAAAAUUUUCUUCAAAAUGUGUGCAUGUUGUUUCUGCCCUACAUGUCCCGCGAUUAUUCCUUGUGGAACGGGUUCAUGUCGAUAUACAUGUCCCGACCCAACCCCUUGCUGCCAACCAUGCUGUCCACCCCCUGUACCCUGCACACCCUGUCCAUCGUGCAAUUGUAGUCCAGUAUACAGGCCAUGCCCCGCUCCUAUUCUACCUGAUAUCGUCCCUCCAAUAGUGCCAGUGUUACCACCUUGUAGACCUCGACGACAACCACGUUGUGAACCUCCCCCGUGCCCUCCAAAACCAGUUUUUUGUCCACCAGUUUUACCUUGCUGUCCGCCUCCAGAACCUUGUGAUCCUCCGCCGGUCUUUCCUUGUCCGGAACCAACACCUUGCUAUCAACCAGUGCUGCCGUGCUGCAACCCUCAAUGCCCAACUCCAAUUAUUCCAAAACAACGGCCCAUCUGCCCAAGACCACCACCUCCUUCGUAUCCUUGCCUGCCAGUCUGCGGCAGUUGCUGUUCACACUGCGAAAUAGACCCAGUGACCCGACGAAGGCCUUUGAUUGUUCACAACAGCGUUUUCGAUACAAGACCGGCAGGUUUUCCUGCAGAAUGUUAUACGCGAAAAAAUCCUAAUGUUCGAUAUGCUGUAUCUAAUUAUGUCAAACAGGGUCCACAAUCUGGCUGCUGCUAUCACGUCAAUGUUCCUCUUCAGUAACAAAUUUAUAUUCGUAAAUGUACAACUAUAAUGUUAAAUUUUUAUACCAUUUUUAUUUAAUAUUUUUACAUAACAAAAUGUUUUUCAUUGAUAUUGAGUAAAUGU